GGCAAGAUAGCGGAGGCUGAGCUGGGCUUCAUCAAAGCUGGACGACCUAAGGAGGCUGUUCUCAUGUACAUGCAUAAUAAAGACUGGGACUCUGCCCUGCGUAUUGCUGAAUCUCAUGACCCUGAGCUCGUCACGGAGGUGCUUGUGGGUCAGGCCCAGAUUGCUUUCCAAGAAGAGGAUUUCACACGUGCAGAGUCUCUCCUUCUCCGCGCUCAUCAGCCAGAAAAGGCCAUCGCCUUCUACAAGAAACACGAGAUGUGGCAGGACGCCCUUCGCCUGUGCCAACAGUACCUGCCGAACAAACUGGGAGCUGUACAGGAAGAAUUUGAGCAGGCGCAAAUGAGCAAGUCCUCCAGAGGUAUUGAGACCAUCAUCCGUCAAGGCAGGGAGUGGGAGUCCAACAAGGAGUUCAGCCGUGCCGUGGACUCUUACCUCAAGGUUUCUGAACUGGUCACCAAUGAUGUGAACAUUAUGAUGAAAUGUUGGCACAAGGCUGUAGAUCUCUCUGUGAAAUUCCUCGGACACAACCGGUCGGUGGAAGUGGUGGACAAUGUAGCCUCACGCUUGGACACCAUGGAGAAAUACGCUAUGGCCGCCAGCCUUUACCUGAAGGUGGACAUGUUCAAGGAAGCCAUAGAUAUGUAUAUCAAGGCCAACGACUGGAGCAGUGCCAAGACCAUUGUCCAGGAGCAUGACCUGCAAUUGGAAUCAUAUGUGAAAGAACGCUACAAGGAUUCUAUGAAGACACAAGGGAAAGUGGAUGCACUCGCUAAUGUAGAUAUGAUUGCUGCCUUAGACAUGUACGUUGAGAAGCGCCAGUGGCAGAAGUGUCUGGAAAUGGCAGAGAAACAGGGCCGUAAAGUUCUACAGAAAUAUGUGGCCAUUUAUGCUGCACACUUAAUCAAUGAGGGACAGAGCAUCCAGGCCCUUGAACUGUACACAAUGUAUGGGGCACCAGCUAGCCAACAGGUAGGG